UAUGGGUGUCGUGGGCGAGGCGUCUCAACUGAUAUUCUUAUCGCUGCAUUCACGAAAGCCGCCGAAGAUGGUAGUAACAUUAUUACUGCUUCUAUUGGCGAUGCCGGCGGGUGGCCUUAUGAUGCAUGGACUUUGGCGGUUGAGCGAAUCGUCGCUGCAGGAAUUCCCUGCAUUAUGUCUACUGGAAACGACGGCCAGGGCGGUUUAUUCAUGCCCAGUGGCGCAGCACAUGGCAAGAACGUUGCAUCCGUGGGCUCAUACGACAACACACAAAUUCCCACCUUUUGGGCUAAAGCAGAGUAUUCCGUGAACAAUUCUUCGGAAAUACCGUUCUACUGGACCGCUGGCCAUCCAUCCAAAUGGACCAGUCUCUCACUCCCGUUGGUGGCAUUAAAUUAUGAUCACAGCAACUCCAACGACGCAUGUGAAAGCCUUCCAGCAAACACAACGGACCUCUCCAAUUACAUUACUCUGAUCAGGAGAGGUAAUUGUGACUUUUCUCAGAAAGCUUCGAAUGCUGUGGCGAGAGGUGCUCGAUACAUCAUGUUCUACAGUAACACUGACUGUGUUUACGCACCCGAGAUGGCCAUAGACGGUCUGCUUGGAGCUGGAAUGAUUUCUGCCGAUCAGGGUCAAAAUUUUAUUGACAUGCUCAAGAAUGGGUCGAAAAUUGUGGUCAACAUUGCUGACCCCGCGAAUGCGUCCCACCUCCUAACCUUCCGUACGAAUAACUCAAGUGGCGGAUACGUUAGCGCGUAUACCAGCUGGGGGCCAACAUUUGAGUUGGAUAUAAAACCACAAUUUGGGGCACCUGGAGGUUGGAUACUGUCCACUUAUCCAGUUGCCAAAGGCGGUUUCGCAGUUCUUUCCGGAACCUCAAUGGCAUGUCCUCUCGUAGCAGCCAUUUACGCGUUAGUCGCCCAAGUCAGGCAAACAUUCGACCCUAUAACUUUGGGAAACAUCCUCUCAACAACUGCAAAACCAACCAACUUCAACAACGGUACCGCGACCUUUCCUUACUUGGCACCGGUUCCCCAGCAAGGUAGUGGGAUGAUUCAGGCGUAUGACGCCACAUAUUGCACUACGCUUCUAUCCACGUCGAGCCUGUUGCUAAACGAUACUGCGCAUUUCAAUCAUUCCACGAGAUUUUCUAUUCGCAAUUCUGGACACGUGGAUGUCUCAUAUCGCUUGAGCGCUGAAAAAGCAGCCACAGCAUACACCUUGCCUCCCAAAAGCAUAUAUCCUGCAAAAUUCCCGCCAGAGCUGUCGGAAGACCCUGCUUAUGUUCAGUUUUCUGAAAACGUCAUCACCGUGCCAGCUGGUCAGUCUAAGCUCGUUGAGGUGUCCAUAACUCCACCGCUUUUGGAUGCCGCUCGCCUUGGCGUUUAUUCUGGAUUUAUCACGAUUGAUGCGACAAAUGGCGAGUUACUUUCUCUUCCAUUCAUGGGAGUAUCUGGAUCCAUGCGGAAUGCAACUGUCCUUGCCAAGGGCUUUUUGUCCAAUUCAACGGAUGCUGAAGCUUCUCCAAUUCUGAAUGGGACACGCUAUGAGCUCACGCAGGGUGAAGCCAUGCGUAAUGACUCCAGGCUUGUUGUUCGAACUAUCAGCGUCAAUCUAGCUCUUGGCUCGCCCCUUCUUCGAGUCGAUGUUAUUCCUUAUUUGACGCCCAAUUCAAACAGCAAGCUUAUAUUAGGUGUUGCUAGCUUAGGAAGCAUCAACGGAUUUCCGAAGAGAUAUCUAGCGAGGGGGCAAACCAGUUGGUCUUGGCUGGGUCAGCUGGAUGAUGGGUCUUAUGUACCGGAUGGCCAGUAUAAGCUACUUAUUAGAGCGCUUCGUAUCUUCGGAGAUCCGGAUAAUCAGGGGGACUAUGACGAGGCCGAGACGGUGCCAUUUAGCCUGACAUAUCGUGCUUAA